UCCCUCGCGAGGGUGAGGGCGCUCAUCGCGUCCGACGACGUCGUCGUCUUCAGCGCCACGUACUGCCCCUUCAGCGCCGCCGCCAAAGCCGCGCUCGACGACGCGGGCGUUCCCUUCACGGCGGUGGAGUGGAACCAGACCGAGGGCGGAGCGGGCUUCGCCCCCGCGCUCGCCACGCUCACCGGACGGAGCAGCAUCCCGUCGGUGUGGAUCGCCGGCGAGUGCGUCGGAGGGUGCAACGAC